GAUGAAAUGAUUGCGUAAGUAAUUGCCUAGUAAUGAAAUCUCAAGUUUCAGUCCUUGCCUAAGUAAUUGCCUAGUGAAUUUGACUUGCUGUAAAUCAUUGUGUGUUAUGUGUCCAGGCUCCUGGAAAUAUGAAUUCGUCUAUAUAAGAGGUUUGUUAGACAAGUGGUAUAAUGCAUUUAAUACUUGCGUUACAUAUGUGCUGGUUAUUUUCCUACUCAUUUCGUAAGGUGUACAUACAGCAAGGUCUGAUGCAUGCUGUAGAAAAAGAAACUAGCAAUGAUUCAUUUCUGACAAUUGGUUUUGUGCAGCUGCGACCUCAAGAGCUUAUCUGUUGCUGCCAAACCGAAACCUGAGAUACUGAAUCCAGACCUGAAUCAACCUGAGAUCGAUCAAGCCGGAAUUGAUGUUGCUGUCUCCAACAUGUACUCUGAGAUGAAACAAGACAACACCAUCUGCUGGACUUACUCUGGACAUAAAGACUAUUUCCAGAUUAAAGAAGAAACUGAGGAUGAAAGGUCUGAAAGGGAAUUGAUCUUGAAAAAGGAACGUGUGGUGAAUCAUCAGGUGAUGACGCAAAUGACGCUUGUGACAGAAGCCUGUAACUUGCAAGGACCGGUUCUGGGGUUGUCCUUCAAUGAAUUACACCCACACUGGAUUGGCACCGCCGCCUUGGGUGAGCAGAUAUGCGUUCAUGAUUUAUACCACCCAAUUCAGCUCUCCAGGAAGAAACUUGAGGUCUGUGACAAUGAAUCAAAAGUAAACACUCAAAUUACAUGCUUAAAGUGGAGUAAGAUACAUCCUUGCAUUUUGGCUACGGCGGGUGACGCAGGAUUCCUAAAACUUUGGGAUGUUAGAACUUCGAGACCCGCAACAACAUUCAGGGCUGAAGAUUUGAACUCUUCGGAUCUUGAAUUCAGUUGGAACAAUCCAAUGCACAUUGCAGUUUCAUUUCUGAACAAUGAAAGAGCAGCACCAAUUAAGGUCUGGGACAUGAGGAAUACAAUGAAUCCUCAUGAUGCAUAUGGUUCUUCUGGAGUAGUGUCCUUGUCCUGGAAUCGCUCUGGUCUACUCCUUGCGUCCCACCAAAAUGGUUCACUGACCUGCUACGAUGUGUAUCAGAAGAAGAUGCUUGAGGAGAAGAAAUUCGUCCAUUCCGACCUUGGAUCAAUUUGGAGUCACUCAGAUGAUGUAGCUGCCUCAUUAUCGUCAAAGACUGGAGUAAAGCUGUAUGAAAUCGGAGGGUGAACUUGAGGUUUCUUGUGGGAAAGGCACAGAAACGUUUAUACCAUCUCGUCACUGACUAGUGUAGCUUCUGGGAAAUACAUACAAAAGUUUAUACCAUGCCUUUGUUCAAAGCUUGUGGGAAGAUAAAUACACCAUGUAGGCUUUACACAAGAUACGAUGAUACAAUGCAUCCGUUUGAUGCUUUUUUGUACCAAGGCAAUACACAUUUUCUUUUGUUGCAUGUCACAGAAAAAGAAAAGAAGGAAAAGAGGGUUGAUAUGUA